AUAUCUUCGUCCUUCAGUGUUGAUUUAUUUAUCUUAUCAUAAAAUAUAUUUCAGUACAAAUGUAAAAGUGUCAUUACCUAGUGGACUAUAGAUUCACAGGCGUUAUGACACGGCUAGUCCAAUAGUGACAUGUUGACAAUUAAAUAAACAACCGUUGCUUCACUAGGUGGAACGCGUUGUGCUAGCGGAACACAUCCGAUGUGUAAAAAUAAGAAUCUCAAUUAAAAAUUCAAAGUUUAUUCCUUACAGUCCUUCACGUGUUGCAUUGAAUGUGAAUGAAUAAAAGACAGUUUUGUGUUGUUCAACACGAAUGUCACGAGGAAUUAACGUUACGAAGUCAUUACAAUGUGGCCUGCAGUCAUUCAACAUUAAUUGUCUAAUGUAUUGUGAUAAAUCUGUUAAAUCAUUACGAGGAAUUAACGUUAAGAAGUCAUUACAAUGUGGCCUGCAGUCAUUCAACAUUAAUUGUCUAAUGUGUUGUGAUAAAUCUGUUUAAGCAAUACGUAUUGUAUAUGUUUUACAUGUAGUGUAAUGUUUCCUAGAUUUAAACUAUUGUGUGUGGUUUAAAUGUGAAAAAUGAAGUUUUUAUUCUUUUAUUGUUAAAGAUUACACCUUAUGUUAUUUUUCCACACAUCAAACUAAGCUGAAUUUACCGUAUAAUUUUAAUAAAGUCUCGUGUUUUAUUGUUGAUUCAUAACAAAAUGGCCUGGUACAUAAUUUGUUGUGGCAUUGGCGAUGGGUUUUGUGUCCUCAGUUUUUAUAUUCAUAUGCUUUAGAAAAAAUGUGUUGUCUUGCGGUGAUGGCCAGUUACAUUCUAACUCUUAGUAUGAAUGCGUUGCCGAUGUGAACAGUAUUGAUACAUUCAUCCCAGUCGAUGACAUGUAGUUGAUAUUCAUUACGAAACAUGAACUAUCCUGUAGGUAAUAUUUAUGUUAUUAUACGUGUAUGUGCCUAAUGUGGAUUAACAGAGGUACACGUGAAAACUCUACUCGAUAAAUUACAGAGUAAAUAGACGUCAUGCAUGCUAUAUUUAUAUAGAGAUAUACUGACUAUCCAAUGCGAUACUCCUUAAGCUGAUAAGUCAGGAAGCUGAACCACUUUCUUUAUGUGUGCGAUUUCACUCAAUCAAAUACAGAUAGGUACACAAUCAGUGUUAAUUGAGCUUUCUCUAUCAGGUCACGUGUAAGAAAUUCUAUUUUAUUUAGUUUAAACGUUAAGAAUCACCUAGAGGAUAUUUUACGGUAAGAGACUACUAAAGCUGAAAUACAUGUUGAAAACGCCCAGAGACGAGCUACCAAGAUCCUACCUGGAUUUAGUAAUAUGACGUAUACAGAGUGUGUGCAGAGAUUUAAUCUUCCAACCUUAAAGCACCGUCGGAUGCGAGGAGACCUAAUAAACGUCUUUAAGACUGUGAUUUGUUUAUGACCCUAUCUAGUGACUGAAAGCAUGUUUCAGUGGGAUAUUAGUAGUACAACAAGAGGGCAUUUUUACAAACUUUUUAAAAACCACUGUCACCUUGAUAUAAGAUAAAAAAUCUUUACUUUCCGUGUUGUUAAUAUAUGGAACAGUCAUGCAGUUUGACAUUGGUUUAGAUGAGUACUUUAAACGUGAAAAUAUAAUUUUUAAUUUUAAAAACUGUUUAAUUGACACUUAAUGUAAAUUUUGUUGUAUGUACUGGUAUGGAUAUAGUGGCUUGUAGCCUGUGUCCAUAAUGUAUCAUAUUAAAUCAUAUUAAAACAGGCACAUCAUUGUUAAACCUCUCGUGUUAACAUUUACAACAUCACGUUAACAUCCCAUUUUGCGAAAAUGUCUUUAUGUUUCCCUUUAUCGUAAUUACAAAUCUCUUUCGCAAACAGCCCCUCUUCCCGGAAUUUUUUCCUUUCGCUAUAACUUCCUUCUCGUACAGUAGACAGGGUAUUGCACAGUCUAUAAUACAUCGUCAUUGUACAUACAUUAUACGAUGCAAAUUUAUACAUAUUAGGCGUAGCGGAACGUUAACAGUUUGCUAAAUUUGACCUCAUUUUAAGACAAUUUGUAUAAUGAAAUGCUAACUUCAUAUUUCUGUAUUCAAUUACACGAACAGUAGUGUACCAUUUGUACUUUACCCCCUAAACUAAUAUUUAUGUUUUUAAAGUCGGGCGUAGAACAAAUCUAUAUCAAGCAAAGGACCUUGGACUAUAAAUAGACUACUGCAUUGCGGUAGUGAUACUGAAUUGGGGUUCAAUCUUGAAGCAGGUCAAGCGUCUACACCUAAAUAUAAUAACUUGUCAUAUGAUUUGUUGUUACAUUUAAACUCUAAUGUAAGACUAUCAAGCCUUGUAACAAGUGUUACUCAGGUGCACGUACAUUUCUAAACAAUAAAAAAAAUGUAAAUAUUUGCAAAUUCAUGUCAAAAUCAUGAUACUCUCGGAUAUGCUGCUUGACCUGAAUACUUUUUGGCCUGUAACUCUUCCUAAGUAUAUAUCUGUGCAAAACGAAAACUAGUAUAACAAUUCUUUUUAUUUUUUAACGGUUGUUAUCUUCACUUGAGAACAGAUACACAAAAGAUAAAGAUAAUUUGUAGAAUGUGAUUGCUAUAUUGUGACCGGUAUGACACACUCCAAUACCAAACGGAAGAAAAAAAGUAAUGUUUAGGAAAAUACAACGAGAGUAGGAAAAUACCAACACUCAGGGUCAAAACCCAGAACCAGGAAAUAUUUGUGUCAUAUGUAACAUUACGAAAUUCCAGGAAAGACGUGUGUCACAUUUUGACCCCGUUAUGAUAUCACUCGCCAAAUGCAGAAUGGGGUUGUAUCAUCUGUUGGCCCAAUAAGGUGAUAAAAGCAUGUUUGUUUCAGUUGUAAUGACAAAGAAAACAAUCACUUGUUACCAUAAGGUAUCAUUUAGCUUAUAAAAACCCAAUAUAAAUGAAUUGCCUGAUAAGAUAUUGGCCUCAGCGAUCUAAGUAAUAUUGAACGUACACUUCAUAUCACAUGUAUCAUAAUUGACAAAUCCUAUAGCUGGAAACAGGUCACUGAUGACAACUGUAAACAUAAUCAGAAACUGAAUAGCCAAGGAUAGAAAACCAUGUUUAGUUAAAUUUCAGUUUUAAACAAUAUUACUUCAUUAUCAAGGUUAUUUUUAUUACGAUGAACAUAUGAACAAAACUCAGAGUACAUACAAGUUACCUCCAAUUACCUCCCCUAUCCUGAAUGUACAUACUUUCCUGGGAAAGAUGUGAUUAUAUCUUCGCGAUACAAGAAGGUUUAAAAACAAAACGACUUUAUAACAGCUUCACAAAAAUCACUGAAUAAUUAUUUUUGUAACACGACGAAGGUAUAUACACCCUCAUAUCAAUCAAGUUGUACUAUUUUAUUUGUAUAGAAAUACACUUAAAUGAGGAACUAUAGUAAUGCAGCGUGCAUACAUGUCUGUACUGUUGUAACAGUCUGUGCUAAUUUUCAAGUCAAUACACCUGAUAGGCGUUGUUUGUUAUGAUUUAUUUCGUAUGCAUAUGAAACGAACUACUUAUCUUUGCGAUUUUUAGAUUUAGUUUGCAUUCGUUUUUAAUAUUCACGUUAUAUCUGUAUUUUAGGUCUCGAUUAACGACACACAAUUGGUUGAUGAAUCAUAGACUGAUGUUGAGGAAUAUAUAUUCCUACAAAGUCCCGCCUGUAUUGAGGUCAAGCAAGUUUUUCCCCGAAUCGCUCAGAAUAUAUUGGCCCAAUAUAAGGGUCGGUUGUUACAGACGCGAGUAAGUUGCUGACAAGAAGGACGUCGGUACCACACGAUAGUCUGUAUAUAGGUCAUUGUGUCACUAGCCGUAUGCUAUAUUAUAAUAACAAAAUGAAAGUAGUUUUGGAUGGAAAGAAAUAUAGACUAAGCAAGGAGACAGAUCGACUUUGCAGUUGUUGGCCCGAAAGCUUUGUCAGACAUACCUUCUGCGUCUUUGUUUGUGUAUAUAUACUUUGGUCAGCGUAUGAGAUUGUCAACUUGAAAAAGGAGAUACACCUACUAAAAGAUGGUCAUGGUUCAAAAUCGGCUGAAUACAAGAUUCUUGGAAAUACCUUUGAACACGUGACAACUGAUAACAUACCCUUGACCUUGGAUGACACGUACGACGGAACCCAUAAUGUGUUUGAAGAACCUGUAUUUCAUCGUGUUGAACGGGCAGUUCAUACAAAGGGUAAAAGAAAACGAAAACAAAAAUCUGAAAAAAAGCGGAAAUGUCCAAAGAAAUGUAGAGGCCCUCGUGGUUUUCGGGGAUUGAACGGCAAACCUGGAGUUAACGGCACGAAGGGUGUUCAAGGGAGUCCCGGGAUAAGCGGACCGCCAGGGGAACGAGGACUCACGGGUCCCAUGGCGCCACCGGGACAGCCUGGACUUCCUGGAAUACAAGGAGCGAAAGGAGAGUCGAUCAGCGUCAUGGCGGCACAUUUCAUCCCAGGUUUACCAUCUAAACAAGACAUGACCAGCGUUGACUCGCGAACAGAUUCAAUGGAAUGUGUGAAGAUGUGGGGAGGGGACUAUUGUGCAUCAGAUAACACUUUCCACAGCAAAGUUGAUAACCAUGUUAUGGAGUUCCUGACGAUCCAAUCCUUGAUAAAUGACGUGAAACAUCCCAUUGAGAGGCUGUUGAAUGGGAGAUUCAAUGUCCUGUACACCGGCCUCUACCUGUUGUAUAUAAACUCUCAGUCUCUGGUCCGGGAUCUACACCACGAAAUGGGUCUGUUUAUUGGUGAUAUCAACUGGAAGAGAACAGAUAUGGAGCUGUCAUGUAUUGUGGCGACCGACCACUUUCACGAAAGCAUGACCAACAGGCGGAUCAAAUACAAGGGAGCUAGGACAAAGUCGUGUGGAAACGUUGGCAUGUUCUACAUUCAAAAGGGUCAAACGAUAUCUGUUGUCAUCACCAGCUCCGACAGGGCUAUACUGCUUAAUAAGCACACAAACUUUGGAGCCGUGUUACUAUCACAGGGCUGAACGACAUUCAACAAACAUAAACACAUAGUCAUAGAUGCACAAUGCGAAAAAAACUUCAGACUGCCAGGUUAAUUCCCUGAGGUCAUUCUACCAUUAACUGGUCUCAAACAGGAAGAUAUUCAUUAACCCCAUACCAUUAAUCGUUCAGUCAUUUUUUGCUUAAUAAAGUUUAAAUGGUUUUCUCGAAGCAUCGUAAUAUAACUUAAUUUAAAGCAAAGAGUUCGAAAUUGUUUCAUAUCUGCAGUGCGCAAAGAUAACAUGAAAGACUAUUGUUUAUGCCUUUGAUUAAGGUUUCAAUUUGAAUAGCAUUAUUUUGAUUUCUAAAUAAACAAUUUAACAUUGUAAUCAUGUACUAUUAGGAUAUAAGAGCAUGAAGUGUAUGCUUUUCAGAUGAUACGUUUUCGUAUAUGCACUCUGCUGAGGUUUAUUGUAAAAACAUCAUCAUCAAACACUAAAAGGCAAUAUGAUGACUUUGCCUAAAUUUGUGUGCGAAAUUGUCCGAUCCCACUUAGAUAUGGAAAGUGUCAUAUUUCCUGUUAUUGUUAAACAAUAAUUUGUUUUUUAUUACGUCGUUCUUUAUAGUUUUGGAUCUCAUUCAUUGGAUGACUUUUGACGUCAUUGUAAAAGAGUAUAUAUGUAUAUUUCUGUAAAUUUAUUUUAUUAUGAUUUUUAUUUUAUAUGUUGUAAUAUACAA